ACUAAACACCGCCAAAUAGUCGGGGGCUUUCAGCACUCGACGCUACUGCGACCAAUGGCCUCCCAAACUCCACUCUACCGACCUCAUACUUACCUAUCUGCUCGGAGUCGUUCGCUUCCACCUCUGUGUUCCUUUUCUCUUCUUCCGCGUCCGGUCUCCACUUCUUCUUCUUCUUUUAUCAGCUGGCCCAUUUCAAAAGCCGCCAUUGCCGCUGGAAGCAGCCGACGGCUACCAAAGCGGCGAUACGCGCAGCCUAAGGAUGAGUUAUCGUCGUUGGAUUCGAACUUCAAGGCUGGGGUUUCUGUAUACAAGCCCAAGUCCUACGAUGUGCUUGUGGCUGAUGCUGCCAGGUCCCUUGCCUAUUGUUUGCAGGAGGGCAAGACCCGCCUUGAGAUUGACUUCCCGCCCUUGCCCAGCAGUAUUUCUUCUUACAAGGGAUCUUCAGAUGAGUUUAUUGAUGCCAACAUUCAACUUGCUCUUGCUGCUAUGAGGAGACUUCAAGAGAUAAUGGAAACCAAGCCUUGUAUUGUAUUCCCUGACAAACCAGAAAAGCGCCGGGCUUCUCAGUUGUUCAAAGCGGCACUAGAUACGAUUAAUGGUGUAUCACUUAGUUCGUUGGAUGAUGUGCCAAGCGGGCCUGUGACAAGCUUCUUCAAGUCCAUAAGAAACACACUGGAUUUUGAUUUUGCAGAUUAUAAUGAAGAUCUUUGGAAGUCAAAUGAGCCGCCCUCCUUGUUUGUAUUUAUCAACUGUAGCACUAGAGAUCUUUCUCUUAUUGAGAAGUAUGUGGAGAGAUAUGCUGUGUCCAUCCCAAGUAUUCUUUUUAAUUUGGAACUAGAUACCUUGCGUUCUGACUUGGGUUUGUUGGGAUUCCCAACAAAAGACCUGCAUUACCGGUUUCUUUCUCAAUUUUUACCAGUAUUCUAUAUUCGAACGAGAGAAUAUUCUAAGACUGUACCAGUUCCGCCCUUUGUGGUGAAUUAUGAUGGAGCCUUAUUUCGUCAGUAUCCUGGACCUUGGCAGGUUAUGCUUAAACAGUCUGAUGGCUCCUAUGCUUGCAUUGCAGAAAGUGCUACACGGUUUACACUUGGGGAGACAAAAGAAGAACUUUUAAUGGUCCUCGGUUUGAAAGAGGAGAAAGGAAGCUCAUUGGAAUUUCUUAGAAGGGGAUACAAGAACGCUACUUGGUGGGAGGAGGAUGUGGAGUUGGAGCUAUCCUCUAAUUGGCGGAGUUAAUCAACGAUGGCAAUUGAUCAGUAUGUUGGCAUGGCUCAUCAAAUGCAACAAGUUGUUCUUACUGGCCUUGAACAACAUCCCCUUCUUUCCAGAUAUCCUCUGAUACUCAUCCCGCUUUGUGCUUUGUUCCAAUUGGGCUUCGUAGACAUCUCCUGUUUUAGGAAGCCCUCAGUAGAACUCUUCUCUCGCUGCGAGUUGUACUGAUCAAUCCACGAGCUUUCUUUCUCAGCCCUC